AAAAAAAAAAAAAAUGAUAUUUCUUUAAUUAAUAUAGCACAUAUGUAGGUAUGUAAAAUUUUGGUAAACAGUGUUCAGGUUCAGGCUUCUCACUUUAGCAGUACUGUGGCUACCAAAUAAACGAAAUUACUUCAAAAACAAAUAACUAAAAUACCUUUGUGAUAUUAAAUUAAACUCCAGUAUUAGUUACAAUGCAACCAAUCCUUAUUGUUCAGGGCGGUGCCGGUGAUAUUACCGACAGCCGAGUGCCCGGAAAACUAACUGGUAUCAAAGAGUCUCUUCGCGUUGGUAUCAAAAUCCUUGAAAAUGGUGGCUCUUCAUUGGAUGCAGUUGAAGAAGCUGUUCGAAGUAUGGAACUCGAUGAAAACUUCAAUACCGGUUACGGAGCUUGCCUCAAUACCGAUGGAGUGGUCGAAGUAGAAGCUAGUAUUAUGGAUGGAAAAAGCCUAAAAUCCGGCUGCGUAACUUUAUUGCAAGAUAUUAUGCAUCCAAUUUCUGUGGCACGCAAAGUUAUGGAGAAAACAAAUCACACUUUUAUUGGUGGUGAGAGUGCCAUGAAUUUCGCUCGAACUCAAAAGUUUGAAGUCUUGCCACAGGGUUCUUUGGUAACUGAAAAUGCAAAGAUAGCAUUGGAAGAAUUCAAAGAACGCCAGAGAAAAGGUCUCGAUACAUUUUUCUCUCGAACUGAAUUGGAUAAAAAGCAAGAAAGUGUAGGCGAACUUGGUGAAACAGUUGGUGCAGUUGCUAUCGAUGCAAAUGGAAAUAUCGCUGUAGCAACAUCGACUGGGGGAAUGACUGGUAAAAUUCCUGGUAGAAUUGGAGAUACUCCUAUUUUAGGUUGUGGAACUUAUGCUGAUAAUGAGAUUGGUGGUGUAUCAACAACUGGUCAUGGAGAAACUAUUAUGCGUUUCAAUCUUGCUCAAAGAAUCUUACAACGCAUAUCUUAUAAAGAAGAAAAUGCUCAGAAAGCAACGGAAGAUGUCACUAUGGAAAUGACUAAAAGACUUGUUGGAACAGGAGGAGCUAUUACAAUUGAUAAGAAAGGAGAUGUUGGUGUUUAUUUUACUUCAAAGAGAAUGGCUUGGGGAUAUAUUAAAGGAAACCAAUUGGUGUAUGGUAUUAACCAGGGAGAGACCUUUACAGAAGAUUUGUAGAUUACAAUAAAGGUUUUUCUCUUGAAAUUUAA